AUGCCCCCGGGCUUCUGCAUGCAAACCCUGGCUGAGCCCCCCGGGGACCCCGAGCAGCGCAUGGGCUGGGCGCAUCGCUGCGAGACCGGGUGCCAGGAGGGACCUGCUGGGGACCGGCCCAGCGGCGUGAACCAGCUGGGGGGUCUCUUCGUGAACGGCCGCCCCCUCCCCGCUUGCAAGAGGAAGAGGAUCAUCGAGCUGGCGGCGUGCGGCGUCCGGACCUCGGACAUCUCCCGCAGCCUCAAGGUGUCCAACGGCUGCGUCAGCAAGAUCCUGGGCCACUACUACCAGACGGGGGCCGUGGAGCCCAAGGCCAUCGGGGGCAGCAAGCCCCGCAUGGCCACCCCCGAGGUGGUGGCCAGGAUCGCCCAGCUGAAGCUGGAGCAGCCCUCCCUCUUCGCCUGGGAGAUCCGCCGGCAGCUGCACGCCGAGGGCAUCUGCGCCAGCAACAGGACCCCCAGCGUCUCCUCCAUCAACCGGGUGCUGAGGAACCUGCCCAGCGACCGGGGCGGGGGACCCGCCCCAGCGCCCUGCGGCUGGGGGCUGAGCCAGCCAGGGACCCGCUGCCACGGGGUGAGCCUUGCCGGGGGCUGCCGCUCACCCACUGAAGCCGGUGCCGCCACCUCCCUGGGGACCCAGCACCCUCCACGGGGCUCCGCGGCUGGCCGGCGGCUCCCGCUGAGCACCCAGCACAGGAACAGGACGGUCUUCUCCAGCGAGCAGUCGGAGGCCCUGGAGAAAGAGUUUCAGAGGGGACAGUACCCGGACACUGUCACCCGGGAGAGACUGGCUGCGGCCACCCAGCUGCCCGACGCAACCAUCAGGGUCUGGUUCUCAAACCGACGGGCAAAAUGGAGACGCGAGGCCAAGCAGAAGCUGGAGGCUGGCAGUGCAGGCUCCUGGUGCGACUGGAUGCUGCCCCGCGGGGCGGCCGUGGCUGCUUUCCUCCCCCACGCCGCGACAGCCACCUGCUCUGCACAGCUGCUGGCGAGCCCCCGAGCCGCGGUAUCGCUUCAGCACAUCCUGGUGCGGAGACGGGAGGUCGGCGGGCAGGACCGCGUGGCACAGCCGGGACCAGCUCCAGCCAUCCCCGAUCCCACGCUGGUCCUUCCACCGUGA